AUGCGUUCCACUUUCGCAGCAGCCGCUGUGCUAGCCAGCACUGCGUCUGGGCAAUUGUACCCUGACCAGAGUCCCUACAAUCAUACCUGCGAGCUUCAGAACCCUCUGCUCUCCUGCCCGCCACAGAAUUCUUCGCUCGUGGAUUCAUGCUGCGUUGAGACCUUUGGUGGACUUGUGCUCUCCACUCAAUUCUGGAGUACAUACACCGGGGGCGAGCAAGCUGGUCAACUAUUGCCUCAAGACACAUGGACGCUCCACGGUCUUUGGCCAGACUUCUGCUCAGGAUUGUAUACUUCCUACUGUGAUCUAACUCGCCAAUAUGAUCCAAUUCCAUCGCCUAACACUACCACCGGAAAGCCCGAUGGUGUUCCCGUUCCAGCUUACAACGGCUCAAACAUCGGCACUUUCCUCGAGCCAUUCGGCAAGUACGACUUGCUUGAGUACAUGAAUAACUAUUGGAUCGCGCAGAACCAAGACAACGCUGGAUUCUGGGGCCACGAGUUCUCUAAGCACGCUACGUGCUUCUCGACCUUCAACGUCCCGUGCUAUGGUCCGCAGUACCGCAAGCACGAGGAAGUUGUUGAUUUCUUCGAGACCGCUAUCCAAUACUACAAGCGCUUCCCUACUUUCGACUGGUUGGAGGAGGUUGACAUCACGCCGUCCAACUGCACCACCUACUCGUAUGAGGCCAUCCGCGACCCUCUUGUGGAGCAGCAUGGUGGACUGCCGUUCAUUGGCUGCACUGGGCCUCGCUACAACACCACCGAGGCAGGAAAGAACAGCACAGACAAUGGAUACACUGUCCUUUCUGAGGUGUGGUAUUACGAAUAUGUGUAUGGACGGCCCCAAGAGAUGAACACGAUCCCCGUAAAUGCAUCAGCGACUUACUACACGAACUGUGCAAAGGCCGAGGGCGCGAUCCACUACCCCGAGCGAACUAAUGGCUCCGUCAGGGUGCCUACCCUCCCUUACUAG